AUGCGUGGGACUUUCAUUCUUUCUCUGCUCUCUGCGGCACUGGUUGCCUCUGCUGGUCUGACCACUUCUAACCUGAAAACUCACGUCGAUGUGCUGGCACUCGACAGUGCUUUCAACCCCGUCAAGGAAGCCUACUGGACUGGCUAUCCACACCACCGUCGCACUCCUUUCGCGGUGUCUCCCGAUGGAAAUUCUGCCUACAUUGCUUAUCUGGAUUCUAGCGAGACCGAUGUUCACAUUCAGAAGUUGGACCCUACGACUUUCGAGGCUACGGGCACUACGGUGACCGUCUCUGGUGGAAAAGAAGCCGGAGGUCUCGUCGCUCACAACGAUGGUUUCGCUGUUCUGGUCAACGAAGCGAUGCCCUCGGGUACCACCAAUGCGCCGCCCAGUGAUACCCCCGUUCCUGUCUUGUACCGCUACACCGAUGGAAGUCAGACUUGGAAGACCUGGCUGGGUGGACCUGGAGUCCAUGCCUCUGAUGGCCUCUCCUCCUCCCCGGAUAUGAAUGGUGACCUCGUCUACUCCGAAAGCGAAGAACUCUACGGUGCAUACUUCGUUGUCACUGAUUACACUGGUGACGCCUCCGGUCACUACGGCGACAGCAUUCAGUACGUGACCAAGGCUGGAGACCUGGACACAAUCACCGGUGCAUCAAGCUCCUGGGGAUGCAGCCACAACACCGGUAUUGCGUUCGAGGCUGCCGACCAAGCUCCCUUCGCCAGUAUCUGCGCUGAGGACCAGGGCGCUAUCUGGCUAAACACCGAGGGACAAGGCAUGAUGAAUACUGGAGUCAAGAUCUCCAACGAGAACACCACCAACGGUGGCUCUGGUGAGCCUAUGGGUGGUAUGUCGGGUAGUUACAGCGCGCUGGCUCGCUUUGCCGACUCGACAAAGUACAUCUUCGCCUGGGUUUCUCGCGGUGCCAUUGAUGUGACCGAAAACACCUGGAUGGGCGACGGGUACACUCAUGUUAACAACCGCACCAACGGCCGCAACGUUGCCAUCUCCCUAUUCACGGACAAGUACACCAAGGUUGGCGACCAGGCCACCUCGGUGGUUGGCACUGAGGAUGGAGACAGUCAGGUCAACUGGGUGACCCAAGGAUCGAAUGACUGCUCCAAUGCCCACGCUGCAACCUUUGGCAACACCUCGGCCCUGAUCACCUGGGAGGAAAUCUCGGACCCGAUCUGUGACUACAUCGCGAUGGGUUGUCGGGGACAGUUUGCGGGCACUUACUUCCAGGAGGUGAGCUCGGAUGGUAGCAAGGUUGGUAAUGCUUUCACAAGUACCGAUGUCUAUAUUGCAGGCGACAUGGUCACUAUGUCAGACGGUCGUAUUUGCUGGCCGUAUGUCAGCAUGGAGUGGGAUCUGUCGCAGGCUGUUGGGUAUGACAGUACUUCUUCCACUACUCAGAAGAUGUCUUUCGCUUGCAUGGGCACUGAAGUGACCACUAAUACCACCACUUCUGCCGAGACCACGACUACUGCCGCCGCUGUGGAAGCUUCUUCCGCUAUCAGCAGUGCUGCUGUUGAAACUACGUCCGCUGCUGCUGUCGCCGAGACUACAGCUGCUGCUGAGAUUACGAGUACUGCCGCCGCUGUGGAAACUUCUUCCACCGCCAGCAGUGCUGCUAUUGAAACUACUUCUACUGCUGUUGCUGAGAUUACAACAACUGCUGCUGCUGUGGAGACUUCUUCCACUGCCAGCAGUGCUGGUAUUAAAACUACUGAUGUUGCUGCUGUAGCCGAGACUAGCGCUGCUGCAGAGACCACUGUCGCCGCCAUUACUACCAUCGCUUCCGCUGAGACUACUGCUUCUACUGUCGCUACGCAGGCAGUGCAGGCUGUGACUACCUUCGCGACUCAGUCUCGUCAGUCCUCGAAGCCCAGCACCGUCGCGACUACUCCUAGCAGUGUUAUAGCUGCCCAAGCCAUCCCAACCGACAGUGCCCAGGAUACUCUGGACUUUGUCCGCGCCUUGUUCAGAUACCUGGUCGGCGACAACUAA